UACGCAAUUCUCUUAUGAAAUACACGUUUGAGGAAACGAUCAAAUUGUGAAGUUUUCUAAGAGGGUAGAAGGAGUGGAAUGACUUCCUCAAAUAUGAUGGUAAACGAGUGGCGUCUUUGACAAGAAAUUUGGUGUCUAACUUUCUCAACCAGCAAACAAGUGGAUAUCAUUUUCUAAAGAGCUGCGUUUUGGAUACUUGCUUAACUGUUGGUGCAAAAAAAGUUCCUCGCUCUCUCCCUGUGCUUGAGGUGCAAACGAGAUAAAACUGGACCAGGACUGGACGAUCGAUUAUAAUAUGUAGUGAUGCGCGCUGCUUUAUUGAAUCGCGAGACGCUGGACGUCAGAGCCACGCAUCUCUCCGUGCCACAGGUGCGCAGUAAACUUUGGUUAUUCAUGAUUGAUUAACGGCGGAAAGAAAAGAAGACCGCGCAGAGGGGACAAUUACUCGCACUAUGGAGAUCAUGUCUAAUCAACCUACAACAGAGGCUGGCGGAGAUCACACAGCUGCGGUUUCCAUGUCUGCAGGCAUGGACAGAGCCGAUGUCCCCAGCCCGAGUCCGGUGACCAAACAGCGGUCCCUGCGGGCGGUUUAUGUGCUGAAUGAUGGACUGAAGGCAGUGGCUGCCAACAGCCCAGAGUCCGGGGCGCUGCAGUGUCUCCAGCGCUCCUGCGAUGCAGAGAGUGCCAUAUUAACCACAGUGACUUUUGGACGCUUAGACUUUGGAGAGACAUCGGUGCUUGAUACUUUUUAUGACGCAGAUAUUGCUGUGGUGGACAUGAGUGAUGUAUUCAGACAGCCCUCACUGUUUUAUCACCUUGGUGUGCGUGAGAGCUUUGAUAUGGCCAACAAUGUCAUCCUCUACCACGACACGGACCCUGACACAGCACAGUCCCUAAAGGACAUGGUGGCACAGAAAAACACAGCCUCCAGUGGGAACUACUAUUUCAUCCCUUACGUGAUGACACCCAACAACGAGUACUUGUGCUGUGAGAAUGUGGCCCAGCGAAGAGCAUCAGAAUACAUGCAACCCAACUGGGACAACCUCCUGGGGCCACUCUGUGUCCCGUUGGUGGAUCGCUUCGUCAACUUGCUCAAAGACAUUCACGUCACGUCUUGUGCUUCAUACAAGGACACACUCCUGAAUGACAUUCGAAAAGCUCGAGAUAAAUACCAGGGAGAAGAGCUGGCCAAGGAGCUUACCCGUAUCAAACUACGCAUCGACAACACAGAGGUUUUGACUCAGGAUAUUGUGAUGAACUUGCUGUUCUCAUACAGAGAUAUACAGGACUAUGAUGCCAUGGUGAAACUAGUACAGACCAUUGAGAUGUUGCCCACCUGUGACUUGGCCAACCAGCCCAUGAUCCAGUUCCACUAUGCUUUUGCGCUCAAUAGGCGGAACAGCCCGGGAGACAGAGAGCAGGCAUUACGUGUGAUGUUGCAGGUUCUGCAGUCAUGUGAGCACCCUGCACCUGACAUGUUUUGUCUGUGUGGCCGCAUCUAUAAAGACAUUUUCCUAGACUCUGACUGCAAGGACACCAAAAACAGAGACAAUGCCAUCCAGUGGUAUAGAAAAGGCUUUGAGCUGCAGCCCACUCUGUAUUCAGGCAUUAAUUUGGCAGUGUUGCUAAUUGUGUCAGGACAGCAGUUUGAGACUUCCAUAGAACUCAGGAAAAUCGGUGUGAGGUUAAACAGUCUGCUGGGUCGUAAAGGCAGCCUGGAGAAGAUGAAUAACUAUUGGGAUGUGGGGCAGUUCUUUACUGUCAGUAUGCUGGCCAAUGACAUUCCCAAAGCUGUACAGGCUGCAGAGAAACUCUUUAAACUCAAGCCACCUAUAUGGUACCUGCGAUCAGUCGUCCAGAACCUUCAGCUGAUUCAGCAUUUUAAGAAGCAGAACACAGAGCAUUCUCCUCAGAGAGAGAGACUCAACUUCUGGAUGGACAUCAUUGUGGAGGCCACACAGGGAACAACCAAUGGCCUUCGCUUUCCGGUCUUGAUCCUAGAGCCGACUAAAGUUUACCAGCCCUCGUAUGUGUCCAUAAACAGUGAAGCUGAAGAGAAAAACGUUUCUAUAUGGCAUGUAUCUCCUGCUGAGACGAAAGGCAUACAUGAGUGGAACUUCACAGCGUCAUCCAUCAAAGGCAUUAGCAUCUCUAAAUUUGAUGAGCGCUGCUGCUUUUUAUAUGUCCACGAUAACUCGGAUGAUUUCCAGAUCUACUUCUCCACAGAGGACCAAUGUGGCAGGUUCUGCUCCAUGGUCAAAGAGCUGAUCACAGAUGGGUCAGGAAAUGCUGUUGAGCUAGAGGGGGAGGGAGAUGGAGACACUCUGGAGUACGAGUACGACUAUAAUGAGAAUGGAGACAGAGUGGUUCUCGGUAGGGGUACAUACGGAGUGGUCUAUGCAGGAAGAGACCUGAGCAACCAGGUGCGCAUUGCCAUCAAAGAGAUCCCAGAGAGGGACAGCAGGUACUCCCAGCCUCUGCAUGAGGAGAUCGCCCUCCACAAAUACCUGAAACACAGGAACAUCGUUCAGUACUUGGGUUCAGUGUCAGAGGAUGGCUAUAUCAAGAUCUUCAUGGAACAGGUCCCUGGAGGCAGUUUGUCAGCAUUGCUACGUUCAAAGUGGGGUCCUCUGAAAGAGGCCACCAUAAUCUUCUACACACGGCAGAUCUUGGAAGGACUUCGUUAUUUACAUGAGAACCAAAUUGUUCAUCGGGACAUCAAGGGGGACAAUGUCCUGGUCAACACUUACAGCGGUGUGUUGAAAAUCUCAGAUUUUGGCACAUCCAAGAGGCUGGCUGGAGUCAAUCCCUGCACUGAAACAUUUACUGGCACGUUGCAGUACAUGGCCCCUGAAAUCAUCGAUAAAGGUCCCAGAGGUUACGGGGCACCUGCUGAUAUUUGGUCCUUGGGGUGUACUAUCAUAGAGAUGGCGACAGGCAAACCCCCUUUCCAUGAGCUGGGAGAGCCACAGGCUGCCAUGUUUAAGGUGGGCAUGUUUAAAAUCCACCCAGAGAUCCCAGAGUCUCUUUCCUCAGAGGCCAAAUCCUUCAUCCUGUCCUGCUUUGAGCCUGAUCCCAAUAAACGAGCGACAGCUGGAGACCUGCUCAAAGAUCUGUUUUUACGUCAAAACAUCAAAGGCAAAAAGAACAAGAUUGCAUUCAAACCCUCAGACUACAUCCGCAGUGUUUCAUUACCGGUACAGCUGCAAGCGGAGGCUACUGGGAGCAGCAGCAGUGAACCUGGCUCUGUGUCUCCAGACUGCGACUCCAAACAAGACGUGUUCUUUGAGAAGAAAAAACGCUCAGGCUCUGAAAACCUCAUUAAACCACCCAACUCAAACUACCUCAGUGUUCCAGAUGAGAGUCCUACAGCAGAAGACCGCAGCUCUCCUGCCUCCUCUGAGAACAGUGACUCUGGUCUCUUCCUUCUGAAGAAAGACAGUGAGCGACGGGCCAUACUCUACAAGGUCCUUAAUGAGGACCAGGAUAAAGUGACCUCCAACCUAAUGGAAAACCACAUCCAGGGCCAAGAAGAGCUUAAAUUGUCAGUGGACCACAUCAAACAGAUCAUCUGCAUCUUGCGAGACUUUAUACGUUGCCCUGAGCGACGCGUCAUGGCAACCACCAUCUCGAAACUCAAACUGGAUCUGGACUUUGACAGCACGUCCAUCAAUCAGAUCCAGCUGGUUCUGUUUGGUUUCCAGGAUUCUGUUAAUAAAGUGUUGAGGAACCAUCACAUUAAACCUCACUGGAUGUUUGCCAUGGACAACAUCAUCAGACGGGCUGUGCAGGCAGCUGUUACCAUUUUAAUUCCAGAGCUUCAGACGCAUUUUGGGCCAGCGUCUGAAAGUGAGGGUGCAGAUAAGGACGCAGAUGAAGUAGACGAGGAGGACGAUGGGGAGUUCAGUUCAGUGGCCCGUGUGACGCAGGAAGAUCAAGCUCUCACAUCUGGAGUCAGCACCCUUAGCUCAGUCAUAUCCCAUGAGGUUCAACGGCCACAGCACCCACUGGGAGCUCAGCUCGGACGCCUCAAACAAGAAACCACCAGGCUGCUUGAAGAACUAGUGCAAAAGGAGAGAGAGUAUCAGCAGGUACUGAAACAAACUCUCCAGCAGCGGGCACAUGACAUCGAGCUUAUCAGGAUCAGACAGCAGCCUGCUCCAGAGACGCCCACCCCUUCCAUAUUUAACAUGGCCACUCAGCCUGAGCCUGACAAGAAGCUUACUGACUGGCUGAAGGAACAGGGUGCUGACUCAGAUACCAUAGACAAGUUUGUUUUGGAAGAUUAUACACUUAACGACAUUCUUUGUGAUGUGACUAAAGAAGACCUUCACUGCCUGAGGAUUAGGGGAGGCGUGCUGUGUCGUAUCUGGAAAGCAAUACAGAAACAUCGCAAUAAAGGGGUUAGAAAGGCCAUGAAUGACGCGGGAAAUUCAGAAGGAUGAAAGCUGUGCAAAGUUCCUAUUAACGGAAAUCUGAGCCAACAUAAUAAAUCCACACACAUCCCUAUAUUGAGACACUGUUUAUUAAAACCCCUCUGGCUCAAACCUUGUAAUUCUGACGCCCUCUGUUCAACUUGUCAUGUUUGCCUGUUUCUCAUUUCUAAUCUAUUACUUUUGUGAUAUUUUUAGCAUGUGACCUCAUUCUCUCCGGGUUUUCCAUCUAAUUUUCAUCCCAUUUAAAUAGGAAAACCCAAAGGGAUGUAAACAGCUCUAUCCAGGAAAGACUAUUCUUUACACUGGGGCCCCUAGUGGUGCGGGCUGGCACAGAGUGAAUCUCUCAGUGACAUGGGAAUGGGCUCAGAACAGCACAGCAAACAGUGUUGUAGGACUUCCAAUCAUGCCAUUUUAAAUGUUAGAGAGUCUAUUGAGAUUUCUAUGGUUUUAGCUUCAAAAUUCUCGACCGUGUUUUGAUUUCAUUCUAAAAUCGUGUGUAAAAUUUGUGCAUAAAAUAUUGUGCAUUACAUUUUGAGGGACUGUCUGGACGAAAUAAUCACAGACCUCUCAGACCAGGGCUAAAGAGCCUCUUUUUAAUAUAUUUUGAUCAUUUUGCUUGUGAUUGCCUAAGGCAUCAGUUGAUAAAUUCAUCAGCAGAUAAAUAUGAGCACAUGUAAUUAUGUUUUAUACUUUACUGUACUUUAACCAUCACUUGUUAUUCAUGUCUAUAAAAAUAUGUGCAAGACCAGUCUUGCAGACAGCAAAUUAUUAUGGUUUAGUUUACACCUAGCCCAUGUUCCACAGGCAUGUAUCCUCUUUCUUAAGAAUGAUGUGCCUAUUGUGUCGUGAGCUGUUAAACAUAGUCAGAUUAAUUUGACUUUGUUAUAAGGUAAUACAUGCCUGAACUGCAUGAUUGGAAGUCAGAAUAGACUAAAGCACCAAAGGUGCUUGAUCCACUUGUGUUUAAUCUUUAUAUUGUGUAUCUUGUGUUUAAAUGUUAAAGCACUGUGUCUGUUGAUUUGUUUUAGUUGCGCUUAGAGCUCUAAUUUUCCAUCUAAGCUAUUUAAAUUAUUUUUCUAAUGUGUGUGCCUCAAGGUGACAUGAAAGAUUUCUUUCUCUGUUUUACUUUUAACUUAGGAAAAUAAUCUCAAUUGAUUGAUAAACUGGAUAUUCAGGCUGUGUUUGAGACAAAAUGCCAACUCGAUUCUCUGAAUUGCAAAACACUUAAGGUGAAUAAAGUUCAAACUUGCAAUAGUCUUUCAAACCCAACCUGAUAUAAAUGUCUGAACACAUGCAAACAAAUUGUUAAUCUGUUAAAUGUAACAUGAUAUAGCUGCUGUGUAAAACAAAUAAUUUCACUGCCUUCAAAUGCUUGGCAUAUUUCAGCCAUGGAAAAUUUUGCAAAUGCUGGAAACAUUGUCAAAAUGGAAACAUUUCAAUGUACAUUUUUAAGAAAUGGAAACCAUAAAAACUAAUGAAAAGUCUAACUAUAUACAGUAAGGACCUAAAACACUGUUAUUGUAACAUUUCCUCUUAAAUGUUCUGUUUCAUGUGACGUGUUUUUCUCUAAAGUGGACAAAGUUGUUACUGUGUUGUUGAUAUUCGUGCUGAAGCUUUUUAGAUAAAAUCUUUUUCUUUUUCAUUUAUGGCAUGGUGGUAUAAUGAAUAUGCUUGUCUUAAAGGUCAACGAAACACAUUUAGCAUAUUGUUUUAUAUUUUUUCUCAUGUGCUCUUUGAAAACUCAAAAAUGUUUUGGAAAAGUAAAAAAGUUUUUAGAAUUA